AUCCCUUCCCCUCUAAGAAGCCAGCACUUGCGUGCGGAGCAAUGGAGCAGGGCAGCAGCCGCCUGGAGGACUUCCCUAUCAAUGUGUUUUCUGUCACUCCUUACACACCCAGUACCGCUGACAUCCAGGUGUCUGAUGACGACAAGGCGGGGGCCACCUUGCUCUUCUCAGGCAUCUUUCUGGGACUGGUGGGGAUCACGUUCACCGUCAUGGGCUGGAUCAAAUACCAAGGUGUCUCCCACUUUGAAUGGACCCAGCUCCUUGGGCCCAUCCUGCUGUCAGUCGGGGUGACGUUCAUCCUGAUUGCUGUGUGCAAGUUCAAAAUGCUCUCCUGCCAGUUGUGCAAAGAAAGUGAGGAAAGGGGCCUGGACUCGGAACAGACACCGGGAGGACAAUCGUUUGUUUUCACUGGCAUCAACCAGCCCAUCACCUUCCACGGGGCCACUGUGGUGCAGUAUAUCCCUCCUCCUUAUGGUUCUCAAGAGCCGCUGGGGAUGAACACUCGCUACCUGCAGCCCGUGGUGAGCCCCUGUGGUCUCAUACCUUCUGGAGGGGCAGUGGCCGCCACGCUGAGUCCUCCUCAGUACUAUACCAUCUACCCUCAAGGGAACGCCGCGUUUGUGGAUGACGAGGACUGCCCUUCUUUCCCGGAUGGUGGGAAUGGCAGGCCCAGCCCUGAUGCUGAUCAGCUGCAAGAGUCACAGCUGGAAGAGGAGGCCUGUGCCAGCUUCGCUCCUCCCCCCUAUGAGGAAAUAUACUCCCUCCGUGGCUAGUGACUA